CUCGAACCAAACACUUAAAAAGAUCGAGACUUAAAGAGAAAACCCACUUGAGUUUAGUCAACCAAAAAAGAGUCCAAACCCGAAAUGGCUUCACAACCACGAGUUCUCCUCUCUAUUCUUAUGGUCACUACGCCGUAUUUUCUCGUUUCUUUUAACAUUUUGGGUGUUGCAAAUGCCGGAGAUUUCAACCAAGACGUCGAGGUGACAUGGGGUGAUGGAAGAGGGAAGAUCUCGAACGAUGGAACUCUCGUCACUCUCUCUCUUGAUCAAGCCUCAGGCUCUGGGUUCCAAUCCGAAUCCGAGUAUUUGUACGGAAAGGUCGACAUGCAGAUCAAACUCGUGCCGGGUAACUCUGCCGGGACAGUCACCACCUUCUACUUGAAAUCAGAAGGGUCGACAUGGGACGAGAUUGAUUUCGAGUUCUUGGGCAACCUCAGUGGCGAUCCAUACAUAGUGCACACUAAUGUAUAUACUCAAGGCAAAGGUGACAGAGAACAACAGUUCUACCUCUGGUUCGACCCAACAGCCGAUUUUCACACUUACUCCAUCCUAUGGAAUCCAAGUCACAUAGUGUUCUACGUGGAUGGGAGGCCGAUAAGGGAGUUCAAGAACUUGGAAGAGAUGGGAGUGGCAUAUCCAAAGAGCCAACCAAUGAGAAUGUAUUGCAGCCUAUGGAACGCAGAUGAUUGGGCGACGAGGGGAGGACUCGUCAAGACAGAUUGGUCACAAGCUCCAUUCACCGCCUCUUUCAGGAACUUCAGCUCAGACGCUUGUGUCUGGUCCAAUGGGGUUUCUUCUUGCUCGUCUUCCUCUUCUUCUUCUUCUGCCGCCCAGUGGUUUUCGGAACAGCUCGACUCGACGAGCCAGAAGAUUAUGAGAUGGGCGCAGAGGAAUUUCAUGGUUUACAACUACUGCAAGGACAAGAAGAGGUUCCCUCAGGGAUUGCCUGUUGAGUGCAACAUCAAGAACAAGAACAAGAACAGAAAGCCUUGAAAGUUUGUCUUUUUGUUCUGCUUUUUUAAUCAGAUACAUUGUAUGAUUCUGUGCUCUUCAGUGUUUUUGAGAUUCAUGUAUCGUAAUUUUUAUUGUAUCACCUUGUAUAGAAUAAAAUAAAUGGACU